AUGGAGGUUCGAAACGAUGAUGAUAUUCAUACAUAUCAUCAAGAGCAGCAACAGUCAUCACCCAACCCAUCCAAGCAAGUCAAGGCGUCUCCUAAUUCUGUUGAUACAAAUUCUGUUACCCGAAGGUUGCAGAAAGAGCUGAUGGCUCUCAUGAUGACUGGUGGUGAUCUCGGAGUGUCCGCCUUCCCUGAAGGGGAGAACAUAUUUACUUGGAUUGGUACCAUAGAGGGUGGCAAAGGAACCAUGUAUGAGGGUCUAUCUUACAAACUGUCAUUGCGCUUUCCCCUUGAUUAUCCUUUCAAGCCUCCUCAAGUUAAGUUUGAGACAAUGUGCUUCCAUCCAAAUGUUGACCAGUAUGGGAAUAUUUGUUUAGAUAUCCUUCAGGAUAAAUGGUCUUCAGCAUAUGAUUGCAGAACCAUUCUUUUAUCUAUCCAGAGUCUAUUAGGAGAACCCAAUAUAGAGAGCCCUUUGAACAAUUCCGCUGCUUCACUUUGGAAGAACCAGGAAGAGUACAAAAAAAUGGUACGAAAACAUUACACGGGCGGUGAAGCAUUUGAGAGCUAA